UUUUCCCCUAAAUUUAAGGCUAGUAAAUAUAAAUAAUUAAGGUUUAUUUAGUGUAAUUUUUACACUUUACAUUAAAUUGUACGACUGUAUUUAAUAAAUAACUCGUUUAGCCCGUAAGCGUAGCAGGAUAAAUAGUCGGUCCGCUGUGGCGGUAUUGCAAACCAAUCCUCACUUCCUGUAUAGCCACACUACAUAGUGCAUGUUGUAGCGAUGUUUGCGUACUACGUAGUGCGCUAUGUGUUAAGCAGGCGCGCGGUUUAGGUUCGAGCUUGGUUUACUAAACCUAAGCGACUGAGGUUACAAUAGAAACACACAUCAAAGCUGUUUCUCCUUCAGCGCGUGUAUUUUCUUAUUUCUUAGAGACACCCAGCAGUGAAAAAGAGAUUAUUGUGGAUAUUCCGAUCUCCAAACAGAUAUAGAAGCUGCUGCUGUGAUUUCAUGGGGACUUUAAGGAUCAUGAUGGCACCGAAGUUUCAGCUUCUGGCGCUGCUGGCCUUCGCAAUAACCAUGCUGUUCCUGGAGAACCAGAUCCAUCAACUGGAGGAGUCCAAAGGCAAACUGGAGCUCGCCAUCGCCAGGCUGGAAGUCCGAGAUAUCGAUGAACGGCGCACUCAGGACGGAGCGAGAGAAUCUCAACAGGAUGCAGAGAGUGACGUCGUGGUCAUCUACAAUCGAGUCCCCAAAACCGCCAGCACCUCGUUCACCAACCUCGCCUAUGACCUGUGCAGCAGGAACCACUACCACGUCCUGCACAUCAACACCAGCAAGAACAACCCUGUCAUGUCCCUGCAAGACCAGGUUCGCUUUGUAAAGAACGUAACGAUGUGGAAGGAGAUGAAGCCGGCGCUGUACCACGGUCACGUUUCAUUCCUCGACUUCUCCAGAUUCGGAGUGAUGAAAAAACCCAUCUACAUCAACAUCGUGCGUGAUCCCAUCGAGCGCCUGGUGUCUUAUUACUACUUCCUGCGAUUCGGGGACGAUUACAGACCCGGCCUGAAGCGCAGGAAACAGGGGGACAAGAAGACAUUUGAUGAGUGUGUUGCUGCAGGAGGUUCAGACUGCGCUCCAGAAAAACUCUGGCUCCAGAUCCCUUUCUUCUGCGGUCAUUACUCUGAGUGCUGGAACAUCGGAAGCCACUGGGCUCUGGAGCAGGCCAAGUACAACCUGAUUAACGAGUACCUGCUGGUGGGCGUGACCGAGGAGCUGGAGGACUUUGUGAUGAUGCUGGAGGCGGCGCUGCCUCGAUUCUUCCGAGGAGCCACUGAGCUCUACAGGACGGGAAAAAAAUCGCACCUGAGGAAAACCAGCGAGAAGAAACCUCCCACUAAGGAGUCCAUCGCUCGUCUGCAGCAGUCGGCCAUCUGGAAGCUGGAGAACGAAUUUUACGAGUUCGCUCUCGAGCAGUUCCAGUUUGUCCGUGCUCACGCCGUGAGGGAGAAAGACGGAGAGCUCUACCUCCUCCCACAGAACUACUUCUAUGAGAAAAUCUACCCCAAGACCACCUGAGAGGGACGGAAAAGGCGCCGCUCCGGCGCUACUCACUGGCGUCGCGUUCACUGGAGGAGGACCUUUUACAGCUGAACCGAUUUUUUAUUGUGUUGUUUUUUUGUGUCUUUAUGUUUAUUCAGCUGAGUCUUUUACACGUGAGGUAAACGCUGAAAGCUCCACACCAGCUGCAGAAACUUUCCUGCAUUUCGAUCCUUUGAUUAAACGCAGACUAACUCGUUCGGGGUGCAGAAACAUCACUGAUGUGGAGAAAUCAAUUCGGAACGAUGAAAAGCAAAUCAGGAUGGUGCGACCUCAUUUUUUUCCUGCUUUUAUUUAUUUAUUUUUGUAGGAUUUCAAAAUGUGUUGAUGUAAAGAAGCAGGAUGUGAUGUUUAGCGCCCUCUGCUGGAAAAGCCAAGCAUUAUAAGUAAGGAAUAAAACCCUCAGCGGUAUGCUGUUAUAGGAAAACAAUCCACGAGGUGGCGUGAUGCCAUACUACUCAAUAUUGCCUCACCCCAUGUCGAUUAUUUUCCAAUUCCAGCAUGUUCCUUCAGUGCUUACGUUUUCUAACAUUUUUAUUCGAAUUACACUUUUUAUGUUUAUAGCUACAUUGUUAGAAUUUUAACAUUAUAACAACAUUCACGAGCUAAGUUCCUGUUUCUUGCUGACAUUAUAGCAGCUACAAGCGCUCAUUCCAGCCCCCCACCAGCCUUUACUGAAAACACUACGACAUAAUAAGCUUUUUUUUUUAUUUUUUAACUCUUUUAAAUGAUGUCAAUAUAAGAAGGUGUGAAACAGCAUUUUAAUGUCCUCAAAGCACGAGACACGUUGUGUAAAUUCACAAUUCAUUUUCUGCAUAUUUCUAUUGUUUUUUUAAAAAUGAUAUUAAGUGCAGUACGUGUGAUUGAGUUAUCGAGUGAUGUGUAAAUCAUAAAUCCUUUAACGGUGUGACUAUUACAUCACUGCAUUUCGUUACACCUCUAGCGCUGGACUCAGGGUAGGAUCAAAUCCCCUGCUGUCAUUGCGACCGUUUUUAGAAAGAUUGAACGCCACAGCAUCGACUGUAUUUUGUCUUGAUGCUACUCCUCACUCACAUGUACAGGAGAUCCUGCUGGCCUUCAAGAGAGACCUUCAUCUACAUCUACAGCAUUUAGCAGUCACCUUCAUCCAGAGCCACUUACAACUUAACAGUUGAGGGUUAAGGGCCCAGCUGUGGAAGAUCAGUGGUCCUGGGAUUUAAACUCAUGACCUUCUGAGCCAAGAUCCAAUGCCUUAACCACUGAACGACCACCUCCACAUCUCACUAAUCCGGUUUAGAUUUCACGAUGGUAUUGAUUCUGUCACAUUAAAUAUUGGAGCUGAUGUUCUACACUGACCAGGUGACCAGGUGCUGACGUUCUCACUGGAGCUGUGAGUGUGGUGUCUGCUACAUGAUCUCAAGCCUUUAUUUUUUAUAGUAAGACACGUUUUACACGCACUUCUUCAUAUUUACACACAUUCAUUCCCUGCACAAUUUGUUUCUAAGUUUCUCAAACAUAGUUUUCCUGGAAAGUCUCGCAGUGUUUUUUUCCCCCUCCCUCAUGCUGCAUUUAAAAUCAUUUAUCAUUGAAAAUACACUGCAUGGACAACAUAGUUUUGUCCAGACAGAGAGACAUCUGUCCAUCUCACAACACCAGAUUACAUGUGAACACAGAAACCUGACUGAUUUAUGUUUUUAAAAUUUAGAAUCAAUUGGAAUAUUGUGUUUGCUUUUUUUUUUUUUUUUGAAAGGAUUAGACAUCAUUAUACUUUUAUACAAAUCAAAAAUCAUUGGAUUAAAUCUAAUCUAAUCUCAGACAGCGUUUUAGCUCAGUGUCUGUCCGUAUCAGAGCUCAUCUACUUUAUCAUGCUAAAAGAGGGAUUUUUUUCAAUCCUCUGUUUUAUAAAUAUUGUUUUUUUCCAGUGUGUGUGAAAGAUUGUGGAAUGUAAAUAUGUGUGAGUGUGUGUGUGUGUGUGUGUGUGUGUGUGUGUAGUUUGAUUAUAUUUAUCACUGAAAGUGUUUACUGGAAAUAAAAGGACACAUCAAAUCUCA